AUGGCGUCGAUCCGGCGAACUCUAUCGCCGGCGUUCAGAGACCGGCCGUACGUGAACGGCGUCGGGUCUCCAUUUUCGGUACAAUCGCCGUCGCCGAAGCUUCUGUCCAGCUCCAGAUAUUCACCGCCUUUUCCGUCGGCGAUUCUCGCCUUCACCGUCACCAUCCGGCGCUUCAUCGCCGGAGUUCUUUUCCACCGACCUAAUCGCAAAGGCCAGCAAUGGCGUCGAGUGUUCUACAGGUGCUUGCUCUUCUUCUUCUUAGGGUUUUUGCUCGGUCUGUUGCCGUUCGGCCACGUGGACGACGAUGAAGAGACUCGAGGCCGGAGCUUCAAUUUCGACAUCAAGCCUUCGCACUUUAAUGUGCAGUUCGACAACGACAACACGGAUCGCGUCGUAAAACGGAGGGAGGAUCUCGUCGUCGACGUGAGCCUCGGCGUGGUGGAGAGUAGAGGGGAGUUGGUGCAGAGGAAGCAGCUGAUUAUUGUGACGCCGACGUACAACCGCGCGCUGCAGGCCUAUUUCUUGAACAGGUUGGGGCAGCUGCUGAGGCUUGUACCUCCGCCGCUGCUUUGGAUUGUGGUAGAGAACAAAGCGGCGUCGUUUGAGACCGCCGAGAUUUUGAGGAAGAGCAGCGUGAUGUAUAGGCAUUUGGUGUGUAGCAACAACUCGACGAGCGCGAAGGACCGAGGCGUGUAUCAGAGGAACACGGCGUUGGAGCACAUUGAAAGGCAUACACUUGAUGGCAUUGUGUACUUUGCUGAUGAUGACAAUAUAUACUCGCUCGACUUGUUUGAUCGCUUGAGAGACAUUAGCCGUUUCGGAACUUGGCCAGUUGCUAUGUUAGCACAAAGCAAAAACAAGGCUAUAUUAGAAGGUCCAGUAUGCAAUGGGACCCAAGUAAUUGGAUGGCACACCAAUGAGAAAAGCAAGAGACUCCGUAGGUUUCAUGUUGAUAUGUCCGGAUUUGCUUUUAAUAGCACAAUAUUGUGGGAUCCAAAGAGAUGGCACCGCCCCACUUAUGUUCCAAUUCGACAAUUAGACACAGUGAAGGAGGGUUUCCAAGAAACCACUUUUAUAGAACAAGUUGUGGAAGAUGAAAGACAAAUGGAAGGUAUGCCAACUGGUUGUUCAAAAGUAAUGAACUGGCAUCUGCAUUUGCAAGCUCAUAGUCCUGUUUAUCCGAAAGGCUGGCAACUUCAGAAGAACCUAGAUAUCGUUGUCCGCAUUAAAUGA